CCCUCCCAUAAGCCCAAUAUGCUCUCCAAAAUCCUCUAUAUAAAUUCUUUAAUAUUCCAAUCUCUUACCAAACUUAUAAGCCAACUACACAAAGUCUCUCUCUAUCUCUCUCUAUUUCCCUCUCUCUCUCUUUUUCCUUCUCUAACAUCAAUUAUGCAAAAAGCAAUAAGACCAUAUGAGUCAUCGUGGACGAAGACCGUACCGGGCAAUAACAUUUGCCGACCAAAGAAUGAAGAGAAACCAUCAUCAUCAACAUUAUCAUGGCUAACAUCAUCAUCACCAAAGCCAGCAUCAAAGCGAUCGAGCAACCUAGUGGUGAUGGAGAAUGCUGUGGUGGUGUUUGCAAGGAGAGGCUGUUGUAUGGGACACGUGGCGAAACGGCUGCUACUGACACAUGGUGUGAACCCAUUGGUGGUUGAGAUUGGUGAUGAAGAAGCAGAUGAAAACAACUACGACAAUAUCAUAAGUGAUCAUAAAGAGAAAUUACCAGUGAUGUACAUAGGAGGGAAGUUGUUUGGAGGACUGGAGAAUCUGAUGGCUGCUCAUAUCAAUGGUGAUUUAUUGCCUACUCUUAGACAAGCUGGUGCUUUAUGGCUUUGAUUUUUAACACUUCUAAUAUUUUAUUUCAUUGUCUUAUUCCUCUUCUUUUUUUCGCUUCCUUUUUUUUACAUGAUUUGUUGAUAUUUUUUAAUGUAGUUUUUUGCUUCUGUGAAUUUGUAAAAGAUUUUUACGUGCUGGGUUUGAUCAUAAAGAAAUACAGAAAAAGAAAAAAAAAACUGC